UCAUUGCAUUUAUUUUCGAUCGUUUAGUUUUGUUAUUAAUAAACGACUGCUAGGCAACUAACUUCAAUAUACACAUUUGGGACUAAAAAAAAUAUAUUUUAAAGCUAGUUAUUUUAAAAAUAAGAAAUAAAAAAACAUAAAAUGGAUACCGAAGGCGAUUACGAUGAUAGGCGUAUUACAGAUGUGGGCGAUGCAGCUGACUUGCUAAUAGUUGAGGAUGCAACUGAAGAAGUAGGCCCAAAUUUGCCUGUAACGUCAUAUCGGAUGAAACCCUCUUUAAGAGAACUUUUUCCAGCAUCACAUAUCAAAAGUAUUAUUCAGUCCACAAUAUAUGAUAAACUUCAAGGGAAAGUAUAUAAUCCAGAUGACGCUCGUAAGUGGACCCGGGAGAUUUCUGAUGAAGUCAGUGCCGCAGUAAAAGAUAUUGUUCAAAUGCCCCGUUUUAAGCAUGUUGUACAAGUAACAUUGGGUCAGCAGCUGGGUGCUGGUUGCCGGUAUAUAGCAAAGUGCUGUUGGGAUGCCGAAGCUGACUCCCAUACAUCCGAUGUAUUUACGAAUGCCAGCUUAUUUUGUGUUUGUACCGUAUUUGGUGUAUAUUUAUAUUAAUUACACAUAUAUAGUAUAUGUACAUAAAACAAGUGUCAUAUUCAAAACACAAGUCAGCUUAAUAUCAGACAAUGUACAAACAGUAUAACUCUUGUAAAAAUUUGUGAUGUUUUCAAAAAACUGCGCGAAUGAUGCGUGGUUAAUGAAAUAUUAAAUUUCCAUAUAUAGAACAUA